GGUACGGAUAUCAGUCAAUUUCUCAGUCUAACUUCUUAUACCCAAACCACAACCAUGCCUAGAUUCCUAUUCUACCCAGAAUCCGGUUAACGCAAGACCAGGAUAGAAUUGGAAACCACCUUUUCAAACACGACAAGUUGGUUUAUAUUCUACGAUCAUUAUACAUCCAAAAUUACCCAACCUAUUCAUUUCACCAGUAGCAAAGCAAAACAUAAACAUUCAAAUUCAGAAAGUCUGUACCUUUGAAUUAAUUUAUGGGAAAUUGUUGAAUUCCGCAAGCGGUCGCGAACUCUUCGAAGCUUCUUCAACACCAGGAAAGACAAAAGGCCGUUGGUUUUGCACCGACAAUAUCUCCUCCGUCCGGCUAUUUCUCGAAGGUGGAUCACCGGCUCUAGGAACGUCUCGACGAAGCCUAUGGCUUGGGUUUCCACCGACGAGCUCCACCGAAGCCAAUUCGAAGCUGAGAAAUUUCUACGGUUUCGGUGGUUCUUCUGCAUUCUCCGGCGACUCCGAGCCGAUGACGACAUGCAAGAUUACAGGUCUAGAUUUCCUUUGGUCAUUUCGAUCUUCAAUUGGAACUCUGGGCUUGAGUUAAUCCUAGAAUAUAUCUUAAAUGCAGAAUGGUCGAGGUGGUGAGAAUCCUAGAAGUGAGCUAUCUCUGUGAAUAGGAAACAGAAUAGCUAUUGUUGCUGCUGUGCUUGACAAUAUCAAGUUCGUUGUUGCCAUGAUAGUCAGUCAUUGACUAUGGGGAAUGGAAUUGAAGUGAACAGUGAGAGUUCAUUAUUAUCAAGAAUUUUCAUUGAAGAAUUGUUCAGACCAGAAUAUGCCAAGAAUAGAUGGAGAGAAAAAUUAGGCGAAAGGAAAAAACGCGCCUCACGCGCCUUAUCUUUUUCUCUCUGUGAAAGCAACCGAUUGUGAUAAUUGACUAUGGUGCUCAUCGGCGUUGUCCUCUUGUUUCCGGCAUCGAUCGAGUCAAUCUUGUAGUCUGGUGGCGUCCCCGGUGUUCUCCGCCCUUCCACCGGGAAGGGGUGGAGAAGAAGAUGGGUCCUUGUUUCAACAGAAACGAAAUCGAAACGAUACGGAGCUGAGUUCUGAAUUGGCAGCUCUCAGAAUGGAAGACUUGGAUUCGCGACGGGUUGAGACCUCUCCAUCUUCACCUGUGCCCAGCUAUGCGAGUCUACUGAAAAAUCCGGUUGAUCGCUUCCAUCAAACCAUGGUGGAAGACUUCGAAAUGACUGAUGAGGAUUAUUCUUACUCUGCUGGUAAGCAUGGUCUUAACGUCUCCUUCUCUCAGAAAGUUCAUAAUAAACUCGAUUAUGACUGCCGUAGUGCUGUAAUUGUGAAAUUGAUGGGGAAGCCAAAUUCUACUAAUGCGUUGGAUUUUAUGCUAAGGGGCUUAAGGAGAAAAUGGCAGCUUAAGGGUGGUUGGCACUUGAUUGAUCUUCCUAAUGACUAUUUCAUUGUUAAAUUCAACCUUGAUGAAGAUAUGAAUCAGGUUCUCUAUGGUGGACCUUGGAUCCUAGUUGGGCAAACAUUGGUUGUGCAGAAAUGGAGACCUGAGUUUGAUCCAGCUGAGGAGAAAAUAAGUCGAAUGGCUUUAUGGGUAAGACUCUCCGGUUUGCCUGUGAAAUACUUUAAGGAAUUCACAAUUGCUAAGAUUGGUAGAAUAAUUGGGGAUGUUGUGAAGAUUGAUCAGGUGACUCUUGGCCAAGCUAGAGGCAAAUUUGCCCGUGUCUAUAUUGAAAUUGACCUGAGUAAACCUUUAAGGCUAUUUGUAGAAGUCGAGGGUGUGGUUUAUGGAGUUGUCUAUGAGGGAAUUUCUAUGAUCUGUUUUGAAUGCGGCUGCUAUGGUCAUGUUAAGGAUAAAUGUCCCCAUAUUCACACUAAGAAUGUUACUUACUCAAAUGCUUCUGUGAAUGCUAAUCAUACAUCCAGUGAUGGCAGUGGCCCUGAUGUUUCCAAUGAUAAUACUCAACAGGAUAUGGAUACUGCCCAAGUGAAUGUGGUUCCCUCUCCACCCAUCAUGAAGAAAGACAUGGGUCCUUGGAUGUUGAUGACAUACAAGAAUAAAAGGAGAACUAACACUAACAAUGGGGAUGUUAAGAAAGUUCAAGGCUCUGGAUCUCGAUUUGCGGUGCUUCAGGAGGUUUCUGGGGAGGAAAAUAUCAGAAAUGAGAUGAAUGCUCCUCUUAGCAAUGAACCAGCUUCUGCUUCUGACCCACCAAUUGUUAAGCUAUGGAAGAAUCUACAAGAGAAAGUUCAACUAACCAAGGUGCCUAAAGAAAAUGAUGAUAAAGCUUCUGAUAAGAGCAAUAGGAAGAGAGUGAUGAAUGAAGAAAUGAAAAGAUCGAAAGAUAAGCUUCCUGCAAGAGUUCCGAUGAAAGAUGUGUCUAAUGAAGUGAUUGGACCCUCUGGUAGUGGAGCUGUGCCCAAAUUCACUAUGUGGUAUCAGAGGAAGAGCAAAGUUUUAACUAAUCCUGGUACUAGUACUAUUGGUGUGGGUAUUAGUACUAGUAUUUGUCAGGAGAAUAAUGUGCAAAGUUGUUGUGUUCCAGCAGUGUUUGGCCAUUGUCCUCCGGAGGAGAAAGUGUCGAAUGGGGAUUGUUCAAUGGAGGAGACAAUAUCUAAUGCAGCUGAAAAUUUUGUUGAGAAGACCUUUACUGAUAACAGUGUUUUGGCACAAGUUCAAGAGACUCCUUCCCUUCCUGUGGAAGGUAUUGUUUCUGAAAAUUAAGGGAUCCCUCCCUACCUUAUCGCCAUCUUCCAAUGUUUAAAAUCUUAUGUUGGAAUGUGCGUGGUGCUGGGGGUAAGAAGUUUAAAUCAGCUAUUCCUGAUCUUGUCCACUUUUAUAAGUUGAUAUUUCACUACUAGAAUUAUGGCCCCAGACAUCGGCCAAAAACCGAUGAGAAACAAAAACCCAACCGAUGUCUUUGUGGGUGAUGAGAAAGAUCCGGAAA